UGUAGUGCGAUGGCAAGGGCGUUCGAGAUCAAUCGCUACAAACACAGCGCCAAGCUUCUCCAUCUUAUCAACGAAUUCCGAAAGGACGGCCGACUCUGCGACGUCAUCCUCAAGGUCGGCACGAUGGAAAUCUCCACACACCGCGCCGUCCUUGCCGCCAGCAGUCCCUAUUUCCGCGCCAUGUUCACCACCAACAUGGCAGAAGCCACGCAAGACGUCGUCACGAUGAAAGACAUCGACCCCGACGUCCUAGACCGAAUCGUGGAGUUCAUAUAUACGGGACAUCUGGACGUCACAGUCGACAACGUCCAAGACCUUCUCGCCGCAGCCUCACUCAUACAACUAGAAUCAGUACAAGAAAUAUGUUGCGAAUUUUUAAAAGAACAUUUAGAGCCGGCCAACUGCUUAGGCAUAAGAAAUUUCGCAGAGGCGAAUGGCUGCACGCAAUUGACUGAAGCGGUUGAUGUGUUUGCGCGCGAGAGAUUCGUUGAUGUCUAUUGUGGCGACGAGUUCCUCUCGCAUCCGUGCGAGCACCUUAUCUCGCUCAUAUCGAGCGAUGAACUAAACGUUACGAACGAGAAAGAAGUCUAUCUAGCCGUGAUACGCUGGGUAAAACACGAUCCCAAGCAUCGUGCAGCCAACCUCCCCGAAUUGCUUCGUCACAUUCGCCUUCCCGUCUUGCCGACCGAUUUCCUCAUCGAACACGUCGAUUGCGAGGAGCUGAUACGAAGCAAGAUGGAAUGUCGAGACAUCGUAGACGAAGCUAAACGAUAUCAUCUCGUGAAAGGUUUGCGCCAGUUGAAAGAUGUCCCACCACAGGCAUAUCCCAGGAAAUCGUGCGUCGGGAAAUUGUUUGCAGUCGGCGGGAAGGAAUCGUCGGAAAGCAUCACUCGUAGUGUAGAAUGUUACAAUAACAGAUCGAAUAGUUGGAGUCGUGAGCCGGACAUGAUUGUUCGUCGUCAGCAGCUCGGUGUUGGCGUAUUGAAGGAACGGUUGUAUGCCGUUGGAGGGUCGGAUGGAUCGAUGAGGUUGAGUAGUGUGGAGUGUUACGAUCCUGGGAAUUCUAGUUGGGCAUUCGUUGCGCCUAUGAACACGAGUCGGUCGGGUGUCGGAGUUGGUGUGUUGGGAGGAGCCAUGUAUGCAUCGGGUGGAUAUGAUGGUCGAACUUGUCUCAAUACAGUCGAGAGGUACGACAUCGAGGUAAACGUGUGGAGUUAUAUUGCACCAAUGACAACAAGGCGUAGCUUCCCUGGUGUUUCUGUGCUUAAUGACAAGCUGUUUGUUGUGGGUGGUAAUGACGGAUCGGCAUUCCUUUGUGUGGCAGAGUGUUAUGAUCCUCAUUUGAACCGAUGGACAUUACUGCCGCCUCUAAAUGAGCCGCGGGCAGGAAUUGGGACGGCAGUGUUGUCUGGGAGACUGUACGUAGCCGGAGGCAAUAACGGCACUGUCCGUCUCAGUUCCGUCGAAUCCUACGACCCAAACGUCGGACGUUGGGAGCUAAUGGCUCCUAUGAAUUCCGCACGCGACGGAGUAUGCGUCGCCACCAUCGGACACGACCUCGUAGCAUUAGGAGGCAUCAACGGUCCAGCAUACCUGAAAACAGUCGAACGCUACGACCCAAGAGCGAAUCAGUGGGAACUCAUUACAAACAUGGAAAUAUGUAGAGCGGCAGCCGGAGUGGCAGUGCUGGAAAACUCGUAGACAACGAUCGUUUUAGAGUGAUUUAUAUGGACAUAAAUAAAUUAGUUUGACAGAGAUCUUAAUUUGAGUGAAAGCCAUUGUUACAAUGUUGACAGAUUUUCCAAAUUAUGUUUGAAUAUAUCGUUAAGUAUUAUGCUGCCUUGUC